AGAGUGUGAGCCCAAAUCGCAGAAAAUGUUAAAAUUUCCCCCCUUUAAAACCAUCGAUAAUUCACUCCCUUUGCAUUGGUCUUCCUCCUUUCAAUUCGCUUCAAAAUCUCUUCCAUUAACUGCUCAAAUCUCCACCUUCGUCAGUCUUACUCUCCGCCGGCGUUCUUUCACCACCAUAACCGCCGCCAUGGGUGACGAUUCCGGCAUGGACGCUGUCCAGAGACGUCUAAUGUUUGAUGAUGAAUGCAUUUUGGUUGAUGAAAAUGACAAUGUUCUUGGGCAUGAUACCAAAUACAAUUGUCACUUAAUGGAGAAGAUUGAGAAUGAUAAUUUGCUUCACAGAGCAUUCAGUGUAUUUUUAUUCAAUUCAAAAUACGAAUUACUUCUUCAGCAAAGGUCAGAAACCAAGGUGACAUUUCCUUUGGUAUGGACAAACACGUGUUGCAGCCAUCCACUAUACAGAGAAUCGGAGUUAAUUCCUGAAAAUGCCCUUGGGGUUAGAAAUGCUGCACAGAGGAAGCUUCUAGAUGAACUCGGUAUCCCUGCUGAAGAUGUUCCAGUUGAUGAGUUCACAACUUUAGGUCGGAUGUUGUACAAGGCUCCAUCUGAUGGAAAAUGGGGUGAACAUGAAGUUGAUUACCUACUCUUCCUCGUGCGCGACGUUGCCGUGAACCCAAACCCUGAUGAGGUGGCGGACAUUAGAUACGUGAACCAAGAAGAGUUAAAAGAGUUACUAAGGAAGGCGGAUGCGGGCGAGGAGGGUUUGAAAUUGUCCCCAUGGUUUAGGCUAGUGGUGGACAACUUCUUGUUCAAAUGGUGGGAUCAUGUCCAAAAGGGGACACUCAAUGAAGCAAUUGACAUGAAAACCAUUCAUAAGUUGAUAUAAAAAAAUAUAUUUAAUCUCGGAUGGUUGAUAUUUAUGGUGGUUCGAGCUAAUAAUUUGUGUGUUCAAGUCUUGUUCCUUUUUUUUUUAACGUUUUUUUUUCCUUUAUUGGGAGUGUUUAUUGUGUACUUGUAACGUAGGCCCUUUGGUUGUCGCUUUAAGAGUUCAAUAAAGAACCACCGUUAAUUUAAAACUUUGGAUUUACUGUUAUUUGUUACCUUUGACUGGUAUCAUACUAGGAUUGAAUGCUUUUUUGAUGUAAUAGAUCAUACAUGUCAAUGUUUGACAUGUAUUUAAUUAAGACUGAUAAGGAUGUAAAUUGGAUAGUAGCAAAUUUUUGCACAACUUAAAAACUGAAAAGAUGGGACUAGGAGUAAUAACGAG